UGGGCUGAGAGGGAGGAGUCGCGGGGCUGGAGCUGCUGCCUCAGGAUUACUACACCGCUUUACACUAAACAAGUCGAGGACGGCGGAGGAUAUGUUUGCCUUUUAUUUCGAUUUUAGCCGCUGAAUGUGCUCAUUUUUCUCUCAGAAAGAGGAUUUGUUUCAGGAGGAGCAGAAGGAGCCUAACUAGCCUACUUCACGCUCAGAGCUGAAGAGAUUUGGAGCUCAGGACUUUCUAAUCUGGAGGACCACUCUGCUUUCCUGUCCUGGUGGAUCUGAGUGCUGCCAGGAGAAGUCCAGGGAAAACAAGGAUGCUGACCAUCUGAAGCCUGGUGUUUUCUGUCAUGGUUUGGGUCCUCAAAAAAGGAUGAGAACGUUCAUUUUCUGACAACGCGCUAGCGGACAAAGGGUUCGCAGAACAGAUUUCACAGAACUCGAGCUGUUGUCUGGGUUUAGGGGAAGAAGAACGUGGUGAAAAAAUGGGCCGUAAGAAGAUCCAGAUCACUCGCAUUGUUGAUGAAAGGAACAGACAGGUAACCUUCAACAAGAGGAAGUUUGGCCUGAUGAAGAAGGCCUAUGAGCUGAGUGUGCUGUGUGACUGUGAGAUAGCCCUCAUUAUCUUCAACAGCUCCAAUAAGCUCUUCCAGUACGCAAGCACAGACAUGGACAAGGUCUUGCUGAAAUACACCGAGUACAACGAGCCUCACGAGAGCAGGACCAACUCAGACAUUGUGGAGGCCCUAAAUAAGAAAGAGCAGCGAGGCUGCGAGAGCCCAGAUCCGGACACAUCCUCCUACGUCCUCACUCCACACACUGAGGAGAAAUACCAGAAGAUCAAUGAGGAGUUUGACAACAUGAUGAGAAAUCAUAAAAUUCCGGCUGUCCUGUCCCAGCAGAGCUUCACACUGCCUGUGGCCAUCCCCGUGGCUGACCCCAGCGCCCUCUCCUACAGCACAGCGAGCUCACUGGCCACUCCGGCCCUGCCCUCAGCCACAGUGUCCCUGAGUGAAGCGGCCAUGCUGUCCCUGUCCUCCAGUACGCUGCACACAUCGCCCAGCACUGGGUUAGCAGGUGGUUUACAGGGUUCAUCAGACUCCACGCUCAACGGUGUACACACCAGCUCAAUAGUGAACGGCUUUGUUGGCGCUCAGGGAGAGAACAACAUGGGGAGGGGAUUGCAGACCAAAUCUCCAGCGCCCCCUGCAGGCAGCCUCGUACCUGUGGGCCUCAAACCAGAGCUGCGGGUGCUCAUCCCACCGGCCUGUAAAGGCAACGUGCCGGCCCUGAGGAUAAACAGCCCGCAGUCUAGCCAGUCAUUGACCACGCCAGUCGUGUCCAUGGCAACACCCAGCCUGCCACCCCAGGGCUUGCCAUACACAGCCAUGACCUCUGCUUACAACUCAGAUUUUUCGCUGAACAGUUCAGAGCUCAGUAACUUUAACAAUGGCUUCAACUUGCCAGAGGGCCUCACUUUGGCCUCGGGGUCGUCAUGGCAACACAGUCAACUGGGCCAGUCAGCACCAGGUUCUCAGGGAGCCUCUCGUCCUCUAGCUCAGGUCUCCAAGCCAUCCAGCUCUUCUUCAGGCAUCGAUAUUAAAGCUGAACCCGUUUCCCCACCCCGAGAGCGCGGGACCCCCAUGGCCUUCCUCGCCCUGCCUCCACCAUCAUCCAGACAGGAGGUGGGCCGUUCUCCAGCAGAGAGCCUAAGCUCCUCCUGCAGCUCAUAUGAGGGGAGCGAUCGUGAGGACCAGCGCAGAGACCACACCCACCCCACCAUCCCGGGACAAGGAAGACCACCGUCAGGUGCAGAGAGCAGCGGGGGGCCUUUACUCAAACGGCUGCGUACAGAUAACUGGGUGACAUAGCGCCCCCAUGAACGACACGUUUAAAGGAAACACAGGGAGUCAACAGAUCGUCAGUAUUUAUUGAAGUUAACGGCGCUGCCAUCGUCCGUGUGCUGUAUGUAGCGAGAACUUUGGGGACAGAUCAGAAAGAAGGGACGGAAGGGAAGAGCGGUAGAUUGUUUGUACAGGAGGGGACGCUGUGCAGGUAUGACCGAUAAGUGAUAGUGUGCAGUGUAAGUUGAAAUGUCUGAAAGAUUAUUGUCAUCAGGAAAUAAAGAUUAGAUAUAUUUGCUGUAUUUGUAGUAUGACAUCAAUCUGAAGCCAAAAUGUUUGAUGUUUUUUAAUUGUUAUUAUUAUUAUUACUAUUAUUAUUAUUAUUAUUUGGGAGUCUUUUUGACUGAAGCACGACUUUAGCCAAAUCUAUGUUCUUUUUUUCCUUCACACUCUCCUCUGUGGUGCUCUUGGACUUAAAUUAUUUGCAAGAAAUCAUUUUUAAUUUUCUUCUCUUUCUUGCUGUUUUCUUAAGCUAGCAUCUGGGCACAAACUCAUACUUUAUUAGAACUCACAGAUGCUGUAGUCGUGCAUCAUUCUGUAGUCCUUGUUAUGCCCGUAUCAGGAACUCGGUCUAAGCUUGAUUUCUCUAUGGCCAGAAUAAAUAGGGUUUUUGAAAAAUCACCUCUAUCACACCAUGUUAAAUAAAAAUGUUCAGAACCUGAUAUGUUUUGUCCUGUGUACAUUUUUCUCCUGAAUAUCACUGGAUCAGAAUUACAAGGUCAUUAGAGAGUCUUAAUACUAAUAUUGCUACACGCGAGCUAAAGCUACUGCGCAUCAAUUUGAUGUCACUAAGAUACAAGAAACUAAUGUUCUGUUCUGACGAGUUGUACUACCUUAUCAAAAUGUUCUACCGUAGCUCAUAUUUAUAGGUAUACCCGUAAAUAAAACCUCUAGGUAUGAUAUUUUGAUAGGCUAAAACUCCUUAUUAUAAAUACUACCAGGGUUAAAACUACGAGGCUGAAUUUAGCUUCUUUUUCUCCAGCUUCUUGUUUGAAUGUUUCCGUUCCUCCUUAAAUAGUGCAGCAGUUGUGAUUAGCUAUCACAAACAUUCAUUCUGGCCAUAGAGAAAUCGAGCUUAGACCCGGAGUACCUAAUAUGGACAUAAGAGGAUGGCAACGACACGACUACAGUGGUCCGUUGGGCCUCAUUCACUUCCUACGUUUUUUCUUAAAUGUGUUCUUGAGAAAGGUCCUAGGAAAAAGUCUCCGUCAGAUUCAUGACGUGUUCUUAAACUUCUCACCUUCGUGCUGUUGAGUGUGUGUAGAUUCUAUUCUUACCUACAAACAAAUCCCAAAUAAGAAAACACUGGUGAAUGUCAGAAUCUUCAUGAAAACUGCAUAAGUGGGUUUAAAGAAGAAUUUUUUUUUUUAUUUUUGCGAAUGAGGCCCAGUUUAAUUCUGGUUGAUUAAUGAACAAGCUGGGAAAUCCAUUGUGUUAAAGUUUUAAUGAUCCGAAUGUGCAGCCGUGCAGUUUGUCCCCAAUUUCAACAUCUAUAAUAAAUAAUGGAAUAUCUAACCGCCCAGCCCUUCAUGAGUGGAACUGCGAGUGCUGCAUUGGAGCAAAGUUCAAACAGUUACUGCAGCUGUGCUGUUUUUCUCGAUCACCUCAGUGAGACUACAGCUGGGUAUUGCAAAAAAAAAAUGUCAGUAUCGAUGCCGAUACCGAUACCUUGAUUUCAAUAUUGAUUCUUGAACGAUAUGUUUUUUUUUGCAAUACGUUUUUUAAAAAUUACAAAGGUGGAUGUCAUUCAAACAGAAGCAAGCGUGAGGUGCUGGAAGUGGUUAUAUGGUCGUUUGCAAAAGUUUGUGCGCCCUGGUCAAAUGAAGUUUUGUUGAUUUUCUAAGUGAAAAUAAGUGAACACAUCCUCUACAGAGAACACGUCUGCACAUUUUAAUGCAGAAUUACUGUUUAUUUGCUGAAUUUCAGUUAUUGGGGAAAAUAAAACAGAAGUCUGUGCAAAAGUUGCCGCAGUGGGUAGUGCUGUCACAGCAAGAAGGGCAUGGGUUCUGUUCCCCGGCUGGGUGCCCAGGGUCUUUUCUGUGUGGAGUUUGCAUGUUCUCCCCGUGUCUGCGUGGGUUUCCUCCCUCAGUCCAAAGACAUGCAGUCAGGCCAACUGGAGAUGGUAAAUUGCCCCGAGGUGUGAGUGUGUGUGUGAAUGUAUUUCUGUGUGUCUGCCCUGUGAUGGACUUGUGACCAGGUGUUUCCUGCCUGGGAUAGACUUCAGCGCCCCCGCAACCCAGGAAGAUAAGUGACCAACAAUGUGUGUGUAUGUUAAAGUCAGCAAACAAAUAGACAAUUAAGAGCAAUAAUGCACUAAAAUUUGCAGGAUGUUUGUUGUUGUUUUGUCAGGCUCCAGUCCUUGUGGGCGAAAAUACUGCAGAUUUAAGCACACUGCCUCAUUAAACACACCUGAUUUAGCUCAUCAGCUAAUUAACAAAGCCUUCAUAAACUGAAUUUAGAGUGUUAGAUGAGGGUAAAUGCUAAUCUCUGCAGCACUUUGGCCUGGAAGGUCACCAGUUCGACAUGCCUGCUCUAGAGGAUGAGUACUUAUUUUCACUUAGAAACAUAAUUAGACUCGGGGUGUUAAAACUUAAAGCUGUAUAUGGAAAGUGUUUCUGAUAAACUGGCCCAGGCGUGUAGAGACAAGGCAGGAACACCAAAUAAACUGGCAACUCCAACUUCCUGGGGGCUCUUCAGCAGUACUUGGUUGUUCUCGACCUCAGAGCACUUUCAUUUCAUGUAUUUCGUCACUGCUAUAUGGACUUUAAAUCACCAUGGACAUUAAUAACCCAUUGAUUGUAUUUAUUCCAUUAGAAAUACUGAGUUUGGUAUAUUGUUUAUACAGUGUAUUGUAUAUGGUGUAAAUACUGUUGCCUUGAAAUAGCUGAAAAUGCCUCUUUAAGGAAAUAGAACACGUUUGUCCAGCUUCAUUUGGUCUUUUUCUUCAGAGACACUCUGAAUCUGGGCCGCUCCCCGCACAAGGAUGUCAGUGGGUGUUAGGUAGGAUGUGACCUAUUUAGUGUUGACUUAAAAUAAGUUCACAUGGUGUUUUUUUUUCUCCUGUGCUGCCACCAGCACGCCUCUAAAGGUGACUCACUCCACACCGCUUUCUAUUGAGAAACCUCAGAGAACCUCAGGGAUUAUGGCCCAACAUAUGACUCAUAUACUGACACAUGUAACUGCACACACAUAGCAGUGCAUCAGUGUGUGCUGUGUAAUUAAAGGAGAUGUUUGGCAUGACAUAAGGUAAAUAGGAAUAGUAUCAUUUUGGUGAAUUAAUAUCUAUGUAAAUAUAUUUAGACUGUGCUCAGACUGCACACACUCAACAUGUACAAAAUCACUGAAAAUUAUUUAUAAUUCAGUCGUUGAGAUACUGAUUAAGCUUUCUUAACACUGGUCGUGAUAGGAACCAGAGGUCAAGACGUCUGCAAUGCAAAUAUUGACAUGUUAUUUACUCUCCAAAACCACCAGUGAACCUACACGUCUUCUGAGCUUUAUUUGUAAUAUUAAUAAGAAUAAAAUAGUGGUAAAUCUGACUGGGACUAUUUAUUUUGUUGCAUAUCUCUUUUUGUAUAUAUCCCUCCACCACAUAAGCACCCAAUUGCUUUUUUUUUUUUCAAACGAUUGUAAACCAAUGUCUCGGGCAUCAGGAUACAUAUUUAUAACUAUUUUAUAUAAUAAUCUUGUGGUAGGGAGCAUUAAACUCUUCAGACGUCUGGUUCCUAUCACCACCACUGUGAGCAAUCCUGAGUUAGUAAGUUUCGCUAAAAUGGAGCAUUUCACACCAAACCACUCUGAAUGACUUUGUUCACAUGUUAAAAAUGUUAUAAUAAUAAUGAACUUUGAAAAUUUGGUGGAAUUCUCCUUUACUUUUGACGUAUAGCUUUCGUUCAUCAGUCACCCUUGUGUCAUAUAAGCUCAUUGGUUAAUUACUGCAGGACUGUAAUCAUUUGUUUGUUUGCUGCUUAUUUAUUUAUUUAUAUUUAUGGUUUGUUUCUUACAUAAAACAUGGCGAAAGACGUACAUUAUGUGAACCAUGUAUAUUAUGGCGUGUUUUUACCCUUCAGCCAGCAGAGGGCAGCAGAGGCGCUUGCAAUAACAGGCAUCCUUGAAAAACA